CAAACUGUGCUGGGCAUCGUUGCGCGUCAAAACAUUGCGUCUUUGCACGACUUGCCAGGGCCCAGGAGAGCUGGAGACAAGAGACAACAAGAGCAAAGGACGUUUUUACAAAGGAAGAAGCGCCAAUGAACGUCUGAAAUUGGCACUGCCACGAAGAAAACAAAGAGGUGCGACAUUUUUCUGGCUACGCGGAGGUCCCCAUUUCUCCCCCACAAAGGUGUUUGCCUCCCGACCCACCGCCCACCACGGCCCUCACCUGUGUGUUGCGGUGCUUCCCCUGUGAGCCGACCUGGGCCGGCAGUCCCUUCUUGCACCGCCCGCCGACCCCGCCCAUGGUCAGAAUGACGCGCUCCAAGACCUUUCAGGCCUACUUGCCGAGCUGCCACCGGACGUACAGCUGCAUCCACUGCCGGGCCCACCUAGCCAACCACGACGAACUCAUCUCUAAGUCGUUCCAAGGCAGCCAGGGCAGAGCCUACCUGUUCAACUCAGUGGUGAAUGUGGGGUGUGGUCCUGCAGAGGAAAGAGUUCUGCUCACAGGCCUGCACGCUGUAGCAGAUAUCUACUGUGAGAACUGCAAGACCACCCUGGGCUGGAAAUAUGAACAUGCCUUUGAGAGCAGUCAGAAGUAUAAAGAGGGCAAGUUCAUCAUCGAGCUGGCCCACAUGAUCAAGGACAACGGCUGGGACUGAGCGACGAGCCCGCCAGGACGCGACCGCAGCGGAAGGGGAGCGGGUUGGGUGAAUGGAUGGGGAGGGUGGGGAGGGUGUUAGGGGGUUGUAGUGGGUGAGUGUGUGACUUUGGUUUGGCUGAUUUACCAUUAACCUCUGUAAGUCCCUGCCCAUUCCUCCCCUCUCGCACACACCGACACUCACACGUGACGCGCGUCGGGUUGCCGACAUCCAAGCCGGGAGCCGCGGCAGAUGGCCGACGAACGCGGUCGAGACGAGAGCGCUCCUUUUCUUACCGAAACCCGAUUCUGUAUCUUCCGUAUCUAUGUCCGCGCACCGCUUGAGCGUGCGCUAGUGUUAAAACCAGCUCAGAGGAAACGCAUCCAGCAGUCGGCCUCACUCGGCUAUUCUGUCCCACCCCCCAUAGAUAGCGAUGACCUAAGAUGAUUAUAGCAAAUCGACAUGAUUGGGGCAGUGCCAGCUGGGCCAGUGAUGAGGCUUGGCACGGAGGCCCGAGCACAGCGGGCGGGAGCGGCGCUGGCUAAACCCCCGAAGGGGAGGGCGAGGGAAAGAUCCCGUUCCAGUAAUGCGGGAGCUUCGACGGCUUCUGGCCGGGAUCCGGUCCGGCCGCUUUGAAAGAGAUCUAGCUCUGCCGUCAUCAGCUUCUCUUAAAACCUUGCCGUUUGCUUUGAAAGCUCUUUAACGUGAACUGCAGAUCUUUGCAGCAAAGGUCUGGGGUGGUCCCCAAAGUCCUCUUGAAGGCUCAAAAAGACCAGAAAGCCUCAAUUGGAUGGCGAGCAAUCCCAAACUAUGAACACCAACAACCAAUAUGAUUUUGAGAAAUGGCCAAAGUAUGAAUAGUUUCAUAGGUUUUCAGUGUUUUUGAAUAUUUUCAUGACCACAUUGAAGUGUACUGUGGAGGCUAAAAAAAAGCUAAUCAUCCACAUAGUGGUGUGCUGUGUCUGUGCAUUUCUUACUUUAGAGGAAAUCACUUCUUUGACCUGGACUGACUUUUUCAGACUUUUUAUUUGCUCUCACACUCCAAUGAGAGACAUUUACAUAUGUUCUGUGUAGAUUACUAUUGAACAGCUGUCACUGGCUGCCAUAGACAUCCGUUCCAUUUUGACAGUUGAGAUGGAUAGGACGUCUCUAGCCCUCAAUGGCAGUGAAUAUUAACUGGUCCUAACACUCCAUCGUGAACAUACCUGGAAACACGAAGCAGUUUUGAAGCUCUUCCGUCCUCGAAUGGAGAGCUCCUCUGAUGGAAAUGUGCUUUUUCAAAUGAGCGAACCUAUUCGACUUUCCAUCUUGUGGAAUGCACCGCAAAUAUACAGUAUGCAUGAGCUAAAGUGCCAGUUGGCUUUGAGUCUCCGCUUCUUCCCAGCUGAGUGGGUUUCUGCCAAUGGCACCAUUUCAGAUCCAUCUCCAUGUCAAAAAACAUAACGGAUGUAAAUAGGAACCAGAUGUAGGGCAGUAGGGUGUCGUCGUUCCUGAGCUUUUGUUGACACUUGUUCCAACCUCUCCAUUAAGGUCAUAUUAAAACUCAUCACAACCAAAGAAAGCACCCAUCAACACUAACCUGACCAAGCAAAAGAUCCUAUAUUGCUCGGGCAAAAGUUGUGCAAACGAGGGUGUGUAUAGCUGAAAGCCAAGGCUGUGGAUAAUUCUUGUCUGUCAUGUAUUUCACAUCUUUUAUUUUAUAAAACAACAGAUCUUAAUAUAUGAAUAUAUUGUAUUUACUGUAUUCGCCAAGAAGAAUACUCUUCAUGUCGACCUCCGUGUUACAGAAUGUAAAUAAUGUCACUGUCAUGUUUUAUCUGCAAACCCCGCGAUGAUGAAUGAAUUUGAUUUGGGUCAUGUCAGGCUUUCUCUCUGGUCGGCUGUACAAAAUGACUUUUUUUACCCGAAAUGUUUCGAUUUUAAUGUCUUUUGUAAAGAGGGAUGCUGAUGUUGACUUCAUGUUAUUGGAUCAUCAUCUAAUAAAAUGCACCUUGAUAUCUGAAUGGACAGUUUUAUUGUGAGCAACAAUUGCUAUAUAUUAUUUAUAGUAUAUACAUUGGUGGUUAUUUUGGGAAAAAAAAAAAACCAAAAAACUAAACAGGAAAUGACCCUAAAUGUACAGGAAAUGAUCUGGGAAAGCCCCAAACUCUUUAGAAAGUGAUCCAAAAUCACCUGAAAGUGACAAAUUAGCGCUGCAAAAUCAACAGGAAAAACCCCCAAAUCAACAGGAAGUCACCUAUGAACAUGAACUGAUACGGAAAUGCCCUAAAAUUAACAGGAAAUUAUUAAGUGUACAGUAAUAUACGGUGUAUCACAAAAGUGAGUACACCCCUCGCAUUUCUGCAGAUAUUUAAGUAGGUCCUAUAUCUUUUCAUGGGACAACACUUUGACACAAUGAAAAGUAGUCUGUGUGCAGCUUAUAUAAUAGUUAAUUUCCCCCUCAAAAUAUAGCCAUUAAAAUCUAAACCCCUGGCAACAAAAGUGAGUACACCGCAUGGGAACUACAUACAUCCCUAAAUGUCCAAAUUGAGUACUGCUUGUCAUUUUCCCUCAAAUGUCAUGUGACUUGUUACAGGAGUGCUGUCAGCAUUGCUGCAGAGAUUGACGAGGUGGGGGGUCAUUCCCACCACCAUUCUUGACUGUAGGCAUGACACAUUUAGUUGUAGUGUCAACUGUAGUGGUGUCAACAAUAAUCGAUGCGGCGAUGCAUCCUUAUGCGUUGCAUGGACGAUUCAAUUCGAUGCGGGCAACAAGCCGAAUCGAUCCAACGCAUUUAAAAAUAUAUAAGUACGUUCAAAAAUCUUCCCUGCGCAAUUCCGGUGAUGCAACGGAUUUGGGUUCCCCAUUUGUAUUAUUAUUCUCAUGUUUCAUUUUUUACACACUGCAUAAUUGGUCAAGUUUCCCACCAACCUCGUAGAAGCCAAAAUGUCUCCAGAUGUCAGCUUUCAAUGUCUUAGGUGCAUCAAUAAUCUUUCUCGCUCCCUCUUUCUCGCUUCAGCCAUUGUUAUGUUAUGUCCUAUCUCUUAGAGGUUAGAUCUUGUUCACGAACCCGAACGGGUCGGAUCGGGCCCAAAAUGUUAAGCAUUCACGUUUGGGUUAGGUCAGGUCGGGCCGCCGCGCCGGACUAAUAAAUUAUUUUUAAAAAUGGGAUAAAACUGAGAGCAGGCUCUCUGUAUUGUGCAUUUGCUUGUGCACGCACAUGAAGCAGUGGCACCGCCCGCUUUUUCUUCUUCUCCUCCGCUGUGGCGCUUGCGAUUCGUUACGAAAGACACUUUUAUUUAUGCACACAAAGGCAACACAAAUGUGAUCCUUUUGAAUCUUCUGUGUGUCUGCAAAAUCGCAUGUUUUUUUUUUUUUUUUUUUUUACAUUAAACUUUCCCAGCGUUAUUUUGUUGUGUAAAUGCUUUUAUAAUGAUCAUGAAAAUAUUUAGACUAUUUAAACAUUAAGAAAACUUGUGUUUUUUCUGCCAACUCGAAGAAAUGAAAAUAAAUUGCUGCUGCUGCGUUUUUUUUUCUUUUUUUUUUCCGCGUCACUCCAAGGGCUUCAAUACCAGCGGGCCAUGUCAGGUCGGGCUGGAUUUUUUAGGCCCAAUCUAACCUCUACUAUCUCUCGGCUCUCUCGAUUGCAAAAAACUGAUAUUUCCUCAUGUUGAAACAGAUUGUUAUGGCUGCUAAAAUGCUGCUGCACUUCAUUUUAUUUUAAUUCAUUAUUUUUUAUUGUUAUGUGGUAGUUACUGAUUGCAUUUCUAAGUUAAUUGCACAUAUAAAGUGGGCUAGGCCUACAUUUUACUUUUGUUCUACAUUGCAAUUUAGUUGAUGUUUUGUUUGCAACUGAACUGAUCCCUGGAUUGAUAUUGGGAUAAAGAUGCUGCUGCACUACAAUAUUUUCUUUGUCGUUUUCUUUAAUAUUUACUUGAAUACUUUUAUUGAUGGGUCGUUGUGACUAAAAUACAGUGACUGUUAUUACUGAUUUUGCACAGGAGUUCAGAUGUUGCACUGUGUGAAAGGCUGCUACUGUGUGUAAAAAAAGAGAAAGCCCUGGUCUCAUUCAAAGCACCAAUUAAAUGCUGUGAUUUUUUUUUUUUUUUUUAAACAUAUAUAUCUGAAAGUAUUUUCAUUUGACUUCAACCAGGAGUGACACAAGAGCCAAUAAAAAGUUGUUAAAUGUCUGACCGCUUGUGUUGCCUCAUGAUUCAUGAAAAAUAUGCUUUGCUUUAGAAUUUUAAUGCAUCCCAGGCUUUAAGGCAUCGCGAUGCAUUGCCGAAUCGAACCGAAUCAAAUCGUGACCCUCUGAAUCGAAUCGAAUCGUAAUCGAAUCUUGAGGGCAGUGCCGAUGCACACCUCUAUAUCUUUGUACUCCUCACCUGGUCGCCGCCACACAUGCUUGAGAGCAUCGGAACCAAACAAAUAAUCUUUGUCUCAUCAGACCAUAGGACAUGGUUCCAGUAAUCCAUGUGCUUUGUUGGCAUGUCUUCGGCAAACUGUUUGCGGGCUUUCAUGUGUACCGUCUUCAGGAGAGGCUUCCUCCUAGGGUGACAGCCAUGCACACCAAUUUGAUGUAGAGUACGG